AUGUCCUCAUUCUCCGAUAAGCAGCAGCCAUCUUCGUCUCAGUUCUAUCCGCCACAAUCUGUACAACCUUACCAGUCGUUAUUUGGUGGACCAAGCAGCGAUGUCGAUCCACCACCAUCAUCUCUCCCGGAGCCACUGCGGCGGCCUGGGGCAUCCCUCUUUGGUGGCCCAGUCGGCCUUGACACCAUCUCCGAACGAGAUAUUGCCUCAGACCCUAUGGAACUGAGCCAGGCUGAUGGCGACUAUGAUGAAUAUGGCACAGUCAGAUUCCCUGCUCUUGGCGGCCCUGAUCACGUUGCCUUCCUAGAAAGCGACACCGUCCAAUUUGAAGACAGGGACCCCGAUGUUACCAAGUCAUCUCAGCCCAACCUGGAACAACCGAUACUUCCAUCUUCAUCUGAGACGAUCCGCCCCGCCUUGGCGACGCAGACCUACUUCCUGAACCGUGGCAGAGAUCUGCCACUCGGCGUUGAACGCCCCAAUCGCUGGAAUGGACCUGCCUCAACGUACCGACGACUUACAGCUGAUGACAGAGGAGCCUACGAAGGUAUUGUCACGGAACGAGCCAGAGACCUUGCUGCUCACCUGUAUAAUGCCCAUGCGUAUCGCAACCGGCGACACCUAGCUCCAAGCAAGCCAGAAGAGGCGCGAGAGGCCGAUGGUCCGGAGAGACACUUUCCUCCCCGACGCUGGGUUGCGUGGCCACGACCAGCCCCUCAUGUGCCACGCCCCGACGAGUCCAUUCAAAGGCAGCUCGAUGGACCUGACUCAAUGCAUAUGCAGUCUGAUCUCCGUCCCAGUUACAAUGUAGAGGAGUCUGUGAUUGCGAUCAUGAUGAAGCAUGCGAAGGAAACCUUUCUGGCCCGCGAAUGGGAUCUUGAGGAAGUCAAGGUCUCGCGUCUCAGCAGAGGAGACGACACUGAUGACAUGAAAGAUGAAGACCUAAAAGAUGCCGACGAAAAAGAUGAGGCUCCCCAGCCAGACGUUGUGCCGCUUCAGCCCAUCGUUCAAGCCGACGACGGCCUAUCCCGGAAGCAAUUACGCCCAUUGUCUCGGAAUGUAAUAAGUCAGAUCGAUCGUCUCUUGAUGGGUUUGCACCAUUCCGUGAAGACACGGUUCCAGGAUGAUGACUCUAGCAGUGAAUCCGAGAUCGAGGGCCGUGAUACAGACUACGAGACGUCUCGAUCACGAUCAAGACGUGUGAGUGGGACACGAAGUCAGUCACGUGGCCGAAAGCGAGCUCGACGACAGUCUAGUCACUCGCAGACAUCAAGUCAUCGUUCCAGAAGUGGUCGUUCGUCCACAGCAGCAAGCACACAGACUGGAAGCGCAGGCAGCCCUUCCCGGUCGAGGGGCAGGUCUCGCACCUCUCGCACCUCUCGCACUAGUGCAGACCUAUCUGCGACAAAGUACCGACUUGCCCUGCGAGACUGGAGCGAGGUCAUGGGCAUCGCCGCGAUGAUGGGCCUGCCCUCCGCAGCGGUGGCGCGUGCUUCCAAACGAUGUGCCGAUCUCUUUGGAGAGGACAUGACUUUUCGCACCUUCCAGGAGGGGCGCAUGGUCAAGGUUCCUCCUACGAAGGGAUCAGUCCGAUCGGGUGACAAAUGGGAGUACUAUGAAAGUGACACGGAUGUCGAGACAGAACCCGAGCUACAGCAUGAGGCUGCGCCCACGAUUGGGCCGUCUGAACUGGAUUCGAUAUCAUCACCGCGCAAGCGCAAGCAAAGGUCUCGAGUUCGAUCACGGUCACAAUCUCACUCUCGGCGACAUCGUUCGAGCUCCGCCGUCGGUCCGCCGGCGCCGACCGUUGCGGCUGUGGUCUCUGGCAACUCUGUUCCUGGCUCCGACUUUGCGGAUCAGCUCGGCGACGCUGGUGAUACUGCUGGACAAUUACCAGCACUGCCGGUCCCCAAAGGCAGAGGCGAACACCGGAAAGCCGACAUUAUCUGCCCCGUGAAGCGAUGUUCGCGACACACUCAUGGAUUCUCAAGGACGUGGAAUCUUACCCUCCAUAUGCGACGAGUUCAUCCGAACUAUGUUCCUGGAGAUCGCGAGCGAUCUCGAUCUCAGAGUACGCCGGGAGGCGUUGAAGUCAUUGAAAUUGAUUGA